UGGAAGUAAAUCCACCGGAAAAUAAUUAAUAAGAGAUAGCCGAAAAUAAUUAAAGUGCUCAGGAUAAUCUUUAGAGAGAUAAAUGUAUGUAGUAUAUUCAGUGUAUUGAGCUUUAUCAACAUUCCAAGGAUUACAUGAUUUUAUAGUAGAAAAUGAGACAUAAAAGAUUUGGGCGACGUGGUCGCCAUGUUCGAUUUGAUAUGCAAAUCAGUAAUCCGGAUCCGCAGGAUCCUUUGUUGAUUCACUUGAUUGUGUGAAUAUCUUGAAAAGACGUCAUUGAUGUAGUUUGUCCGCACAGAGUCACCAUGUAGGCAUAACGUCCAAAGACACCAUGCAUAUGUUAUUUGGAUAAGCUUCUACUACUAUGUACAGGGUCAUUGUGGGCGCUCCUCUGGCUAAGGUACUUGAUCGCGUCCAUGGUUGCUGUGGACAUGCUCUCUGGAUAAGCCUACCCCGACAUCCACGGUCACUGUGUAGUCCCUGAUCUUCUAUUAACUUGCGUCCACAGUCGCCAUGUACAGUAUUUUAUCUUCUAACCCGCGCGUGGUCACCAUGUACGAGCUCUUCUUAUACCUUGUCAUCAUCCGGGCAUAGUUACCAUGCACAUCAACCUCUAACUGUUUUCAUCCAUGUUAACCCGGUCAACAUUUAUCCAUGGUUGGGAUAAUUAUACCAUCAGGAUCCCUCGGGUUUCUCUUCAUCCCGUAUUUCAUAUCAGUUACCGCCCAUCUCAUCCCGAUUCUUCUCGAAAUCGCCGUCGAAGUCAUCAGCGAUGCCCCCGCUGCGUAUUUCGUGGGCUUGGUGGCGAGUCUUUUAGGAGUGGUCGCCGUCAUCGUGGCUUGGGAGAUCCUCGAUCUACGAUCUAGGAAGUGUGGGAAUCCGAAUUGUCAGGGGUUGAGCAAAGCGGUGGAGUUCGAUAUCCAGCUGGAGUCGGAGGAGUGUCUCAAGUAUUUGCCGGCGGACGCCGCGGCAAACGGGAACGUGUUUUACAAUUACGGAUCGAAGCGGUUGGAUUUGGGGCAGGAUCGGAAAGAACUUGAGGCGGAGCUCAAGAGAAUGGCGCCGCCCAACGGACGGACGGUUCUCAUCUUCCGAGCACCCUGUGGGUGCCCCGCAGGUAGACUCGAAGUUUGGGGCAACAAGAAAGUUCGUAAGAUUAAGAAAUGAAUCAUCAUCACCAUAGUAGACUUGAUAAACAUACUCUGUAAUUUGAUAUACAUACAUUAUGAAUAAAUAACUAAAUAAAUAAAUAAAUAAAUAAAUAAAGUCCUUCAUAAUUAAGAAAUGAAUCAUCAUCAUCAUCAGUUUAUGAGAGUAUAUACUUCCUCC